GAAUUAAGAACUGGGGGAUGCCUGCCUUGUGAUGUCAGUAAAAGUAUCAAAACUAAAAACUCCCAUCUCAAGCAAAAAUUAAAAUAGAAAAAGAGACCGUAUAAAUAAAACAGAAGAUGGCUUCAGCACUCUGUUCAACAAGAAUUACAUCUGUUAUCUCUUCUUCAACAGUACGACGACGUUUGCCUCUAGUCGGUGCGUUUUGCGUGUUAAGUUUGGGCCUUUCUAAUCUCUGCCCAGCUCUCUCUUCUUCUCUCAAAACGGGUUGUGCUCAAUCUCUCCCCUUUGUUCCUCUAUUACGAUCAAAGUUUAGUACUCGAUCACAAGCUAAUACUAUCAGAAUGGAAAGCAGUGCUGGCACUGUACCCAGUGUUGUUGUUUAUGUUACUGUGCCAAACAGAGAUGCAGGAAAGAAAUUGGCUCAAAGCAUAGUCAAAGAAAAAUUAGCAGCAUGUGUGAACAUAGUACCAGGUAUUGAAUCGGUGUAUCAGUGGCAGGGAGAGAUCCAGACAGAUUCAGAAGAACUUCUUAUAAUUAAGACUAGGGAUUCUCUGCUGGAUGCUCUUACAGACCAUGUCAAGGCAAAUCAUGAAUACGACGUUCCAGAGGUCAUUUCCUUGCCCAUCACUGGAGGCAGCAUUCCAUACCUACAGUGGCUCAAGAACAGCACAAGGGAUUGACUUCUUUGGUGCACUCUGGAAAUCUGGGAGCAUCACUUGUUGGGUUGUACAGGCAAAUAGCCUCUCUAGUCCCCAGCUUGCUGGGGCAUUAUCCGUGUAAUUUGACUUUUCAUGCCUGAGAUGUGACCUAAUUAUCAUAUAAGAUAGAAUGCGGUGAAGCCUAUGUGGUGGUGAUGAUUCUGCGGUGACUAGUAUGUAUGCUCUUGCUCGAGUGGUUGCUUCCUGGUUCAAUGGAAUUAUUCCUUAUUUAUUGAUCUAGCUAAAUUAUUUGCUUCUA